UUGUUUGCUGGACCUGCCUUGUCUCCAAACCAUGCGAUCUAUCCGUCUCCUUUUCCUUUGCAUACUUUGUUUGAUCUUCCCCCCAUGUAGCAGAGGCACAAGGUCUCGGAGGCCGAAUCGGAGGGUCGAUGGCCCUAUCGAUGGGAUUCAGGCACAGAACAACUUUAAUGUUCAGCAGUUUACAGGGGUGUGGCAUCUCAUUUCUGUUGGGUCAAAGUGUUCCUAUCUGAAGCUUAACAACCACCGUCUGGAGGCAGUUACUAUGAAGGUAACCAAUCAGGAUGAAGAUAUUCGCAUCAAUACGUUACGUAAACUGGAUGGACUGUGCUGGGACAUUAAACAAGACUAUAGGAAGGGUGCAACUCCCGGGAGAUUCUCCAGGACAAAUCGAGGAUUAAAGACAUACAUUGUCAUUGCUGAAACGGAUUACACCAACUAUGCAAUCCUUUUCCUUCAACAAAGGAGGAAAAUCACUGUCAAACUCUAUGGGAGAGGCAUCGAAGUUAGCGAACCUGUGCAGUCGAAGUUCCGUCAAUUUGUCAUCGACAACAACAUUCCGGAAAUUUUCAUUUACGCCUUCCCUCGAUAUGGACACUGCAAUGUUGCUGAUGAGUUUCAUCAGCUUGAUGACGAUUUUGGAAAGUCUUGAAACAAGAAGCCAUGAGCCUCAUUAAGUAGGCCCAGAAAUGAAGGCAAAUUUCGUUGUGUUUCUGCUAUUGCAUCUAAGCAACAUCAGUUUUUCUGCCCUGUCAGUUUAUCAAAUAAAGUUGUGUUUCAAAAA